ACUAAAGGCCAAGGUUAAAGGAAGUGAGCAGCUAUGGCGUUCGCAAAGCUAACAUCUAGAUAUUCUGCUUUAUUAGUUAGACAAACUUUAAACAGUCAGAAGCAAUUUAUACCAGCUUCUCUCUUGUCUACUUUACCAAGUGAUCAGAAGAAGUUCGAAUAUCUUAAAGUAGGUCGAUGUGGAGAAGAAAACAAAGUUGCUUUUAUUGAACUUUACCGUCCAAAAGCACUCAAUGCCCUUUGCAAUGGCUUGAUGUUGGAAUUGAAUGAGACUUUUGAUUGGAUAGAUAAUGAUAACACCAUAGGCUGUGCCGUUAUAACAGGUAGCGAAAAGGCUUUUGCCGCUGGAGCUGAUAUUAAAGAAAUGCAACCUAAACAUUUUUCGGAAGUAUAUAGAGACAAUUUUCUUGAACACUGGAAUAGAAUCACUCGCCUGCGUAAACCAAUUAUUGCAGCUGUAAAUGGAUUUGCAUUAGGAGGUGGAUGUGAAUUAGCUAUGAUGUGUGACAUGAUUUACGCCGGAGAAAAAGCACAAUUUGGACAGCCAGAAAUUAUUAUUGGAACAAUUCCAGGAUCUGGUGGAACUCAAAGGCUUCCCCGUCUGGUUGGAAAAUCGAAGGCUAUGGAAAUGGUACUAACUGGCGAUCGCAUUGGUGCAGAAGAAGCAUGCAAAUUCGGUUUGGUUAGUAAGGUGGUAGCCCCUGAAAAGUUGGUCGACGAAGCUAUUAAAACAGCUGAUAGAAUAUGCCAACAUUCUCCAUUAAUUGUUAAAAUGGCAAAGGAGGCGGUCAACGCAUCCUUUGAGAUGACUUUAGCCGAAGGCGUCCAUUUUGAGAAACGCAUGUUUCACCAGACUUUCGCUACUAGUGAUAGACGAGAGGGAAUGACCGCCUUUGUUGAGAAACGCAAACCGAAUUUUUCAAACGAAUAG